CGGAGGACUCUAGUUCUGGUCCAGAGCGUGCAAUUUCUGUGGCUGAAGUCGAGCCGAUUAUCAAGGACUUUGCCAGCAGAUGGAAGGCGGCUAUAGAGCUAAUGCACAAUGACGUUAUAACUUCCUUCAGUAAUUUCCUAUGCGGUAUGGAAAUCCUGAGAGCUGCAUUGACUCAACUACUGCUUUAUUACACAAGGCUCUCGGAUUGCAUGAAGAGAAUUGCUGGCGGGUCCGGGUUGAACAAGGACUUGGUUUCCAUAUCUUCAAUUAUGUACGAGAUUAGGAAAUACUCAAGGACUUUUUGA